AUGGUGAAGGUGGUAGUGGCAGUUGACAACUCCUCGAGCGCAGAGCGCGCGUUCAAGAGGGCGGUGGAGGUGAUGGGAGGGCGAGGCUCGCUGGUGGUGUUGCACGUGACCGAGGUGGUGACGACGUCCGUGCUGGACCCCUUCCACGACACCCUCGACCACCUGCAAAACGUGGAGGCCCGGGAGACCGCCACCCACGUGCGCAAGAAGUUCGAAGGGCUGUGCCACAGCGCCAGCCCCAAGGUGGCCCAGUGGGAGUAUAGGGAGGUAGAGGCGUCGUCCCCGAAGGAGGCUCUGCUUCGCCAGACCGAGGAGCUGGAGGGUGCCGAUCUGCUGGUGGUGGGCCGAAAGGGCAUGAGCACUCUCGACAAGCUACUACUGGGGUCUACAUCAGAGUAUGUGGUCGCACACGCCCACAUGCCCGUCAUGGUCGUGCACUGA